AUGGUCAUUGUCUGGACCGCCGACUGGGACAACAAGCUCCUCGUUGCCAUAUGGGAGACUUGUGGUACCAAGUUUGACUGGGAGAGCGCUGCCGAGAUCCUGGGUGGUACCUGCACCCCAGAGGCCAUCAUGCAGCACCUCCGGACCCUCACCAAAAAGGCUGAGGAAAGACGCCGUCAGCAGCGCAAGACCCUCCUCGAGGCCCAUGCCGCCCGCGCUGCCAGUGUGGCAAAAGGCAAGGCGAAGAGAAAAUGGGGCUACAACCGAACUGCUCAAAAGCGCAUUGAGGAAAUGGAUCAGUACGACGAUGAAGACGAAGCCUCUGCCGACAACAAGACCAAGACCUCAUCCAAGCGCUACUCCAAGAACUCCCGCUCCACCGAAUCUGUCUUCAUCGAUGAUUCCCGUGCUACAGAUGGAACCCGCUACCGAAAGUCUAGCCAGCAGACUGCCGAGAAGAAGAACAACAAUCGCCAGGCUGAUCAUUGGUACAAUGAUAACACCGGCGAGAAGUCUACCAAGGGGCAUGUGGACGAUGAGAACCGUGACAAGAGCCGCCGCCGUGGCAGCUUCUGGAACAAAUACGUCCGUGACGAUCGUGAGUAA